GCGUCGAAUUGAUAACAGUCCAUUAGUUUAUGGGGCAUUGAUUAGCAGAUUCUGAUUAUUCUUUCUUUAAUGCAAAAUAGUUUAUAGGGGCUCAGUGGCUAGCAAAGAUGUCGCUUAGGUUAGAAAUUAUUUACUUCACACAAUUUCUUUUAUUUGUGGCAUUAGUUCGAAGCCAUCCGGUGAUAAAUAACGCGCCGUUAAACGUCGUCGUGAAUAAUACCAACUAUAUAGACCGUAAUGUUACAAAAAAUAGAGUUAUAUCCCAUUCUGUGACCGAGUUUCAACCACCUCCACUGCCAAAGGGAAACUUUCCUCAAAAUGACGUGGAAUACGGAAAUUGCGUUGGAAAUCAUCAAAUUGUCCAUAAUGAAAAUAUACAAGUUGAGAAUUUUCAACAAAGCACAAUAGAUGGUGUGUUCGAGAUUUAUAUUGAUGCGCCGAUUAAGAUUACUUGCUUGAAAGUCCAGGAUAAAAUGCCACCAGGAACAGGUGCUGAAGUUUCGUUGAAAGACGGUGGUCCAGGAUACAACUGGUUCUUUUUAAACGUUAAAGGAAAAUAUGCUCGUGGAAUGAACAUGGUCGUGACCGCCUACGGAGUUCCAGACUACAAGAAACUUAGAUUUAAAUUGAAUUAAAGUUUAAACUCCAGUGAUGGGUAUUUUAGUUCAAAUAACGGUUCAAUUGAGAAUUAAUGUUUGCUAUUUCUUCAGCAGCUGGCUUUAAAUGUAACACGUGGAAUAUGUUUUUGAGAUUUUAAGUACGAUCAAAAUAAAAUGCAUUUGAGUUAAAUUUAAAAACUAGGAUUUAUUUUCAUACAUCGUACAUACUCUAAAAUUACAACUGAAUAUCAAAAUAUAUCCAAAUUUUACAAUACAUUUCGUAUAAAAUAAAAUAAGUUAAAUAUUUGUAAUUUUAAAUAAAUUCUAAUUUGUAGACAUUAAAGAAGAUUUGUUUCUUCAA